UCAUCAAGCAUCAGUACGGAACCCUCCUGCUGAUGCCUGCAUGCCAAGGAAGCACUGGCACCGCCCGGGUUUCUGCCCGAGUCCGCCUUUUGCUCCUGCGUCUGACAACCAGCCACAGGCAUUCCUGGAUGCACGUUCUCCCCUGCGUUAACGAUGCUGGCUCUGACUAGGCUAGCUGCUGUCUACCAACCAUCAUCUGGAUUAAUCCGCGAGUACGAGGGUGAAUGAAAGAGUGGAGCGGAACGAAAAAGGAGAAGCACGAGCUCUGGGGUGGCGCUGCCUUGGUUAUCAGUAGCUGGUCCUUAGCGGCUGGUCUCCAUCGACUUGGUGGAAGCUCAGGGAAUCAUGGCCUAUGACGGAAUAAUCGCCGCGCCCUCACUUGAAUCUUCAAGUCUGGGCUCUGGCCUUGUACCUCUCGCAUCCUCCUCGACUUCCGCACGAUCACUUGCAACCUCACAUCCCGCCUUAACCGCCAGCUUUUCUGUCGUGUCCGGCUUCUCUUCCCAUCUUCCACCCCCGCCCUUACCCCCUCCAGCACCCUCAACCAUGGUGGGGUGGAUCGGUUGGGUAUUUACCUUCGUUUUCCAGGUCAUUCCAAGUAUCCUAUACUGGAUAGUUACCUUUUCAACCAUCACCUUGCCCACAUGGCUGUUCACGCUCUUUUCGAUGAGUCUAACAUUCACUAUGAAUUUCACAACCCUGCUUUUGAUCGCGCUGGCCGUGGUCUCGACAAUCAGCUGGUUCAUUCGUUACCGUUUCCUCAAUAUGUACAGUCGUCUGCCCCCGGAGCCCCAGCGCAAGGAACCCCAGAUCGACCUCUUCCCCGACGUACCAGAGGGUGACACCAAACCGGGCCUAGCCAACUACCUAGACGAGUUUCUGAGCGCUAUCAAGGUCUUUGGGUACCUAGAAAGACCAGUGUUCCACGAGUUGACUCGUACGAUGCAAACGAGGAAGUUGAUCGCGGGCGAGACCCUCCUCUUGGAGGAAGAGAAAGGGUUUUGCUUGGUUGUCGAUGGCUUGGUUCAGAUCUUCGUCAAGUCCGUGCGGGACAGAAAGUCGGGCACAGAAGAAGACUUUACCCGCAUGGCAGGCGAAUCUUCCGAUGACGACGAUCAUCGGAUGGAUGGGAGGCAAGGAUAUCAGUUGCUUACCGAAGUCAAGAACGGAGCUUCGAUGUCGUCCCUAUUUUCUAUCCUAUCGCUGUUUACCGAGGAUAUCCAGUUGCGAUAUGCAGACAGCUCAGCUUCUAGUACCUCCAGCAUAGGCCUGGGUCCUGCCCGUGCACCAGACUCAUUUCCGGCCAGCCCUGAGGGUAUGGCGGAUUUCCCGCAUGCACUUCCAAGGGAUGAUGUUGACCCAAUGUCUAACAUAGGCAGUAGUACAGAUGAUCUUCCAGCUGUGCCUCCAUUACACCUGGGGGAAAGUCAGGUCCCGCCUGCCGACUCUUCUCGUUCUGAAAAUGAAAGGCACUCAGGCAAAACACGUCGGAAAUCGGUACAUCCGGAUAUAGUUGCACGAGCAAUGGUGGAUACGACCAUCGCUAUUAUCCCUGCAAGCGCAUUUCGUCGCUUGACACGAGUGUAUCCGAAAGCGACCGCUCAUAUCGUUCAGGUAAUUCUUACGCGUUUACAGAGAGUCACUUUUGCUACGGCGCAUUCUUAUUUGGGCCUUAACAAUGAGGUGCUGGGGAUAGAGAAGCAGAUGACAAAGUUCACAACCUACGAUUUGCCAAACGAUCUGCGUGGGGCAGCUUUGGACCGUCUCAAGGAUAAGUUUAUCAAAGAGCGGGACCGUCUAGGCCACGAGGAAGUUACCAAAGGGAUUGCACUACAUAAUCCAUAUGCCGGGAGAAGACCCAGGUCGAGCAGCUUUCGAAGGAAAGAAGCUGUUCUUCAGGCAAGGAUGGCAGCCUCGAAACGACCGGUCUCUAUGGUUGCUCAUGACAAUGCUCUGAGCGAUCGGGAGAAUGCUGGAGUGAGUCCGGGGGAUCUCCUAUCUACCAUUCAGCUUUCGCGGUUUGGCCCUAGGUACGAGCACCUUGCUCCGAGGUUACUGAGUCCCCUUACCGAGAAAGAGCAUUCUCCUCUACGGUCCCCAUCUCCUAUGCUUCCAGGACGCGGCUCUCCUUUUCAUCGCAAAGAAUCCAUUGAUGAGGAUGCUCUCUUUCGUGAAUCGAUAUUGGAAUGUAUUAUGAAAGGCAUAGGCUUGACUGGAAGCACCAAUGAUUUCCUCCGCAAGAGUAGCCAUGCUUCGGGCGACGCCUCCCCGAAGCUCCUCUCCUACGACUCUCGCCGCCAGAAAGCGGUGUUUAGCAAUAAUGCAUUUGGGUUUAUUGACCCCUACGAAGGUUCCGCAGAUGGUGAAACCGAAUCUGUCAUGUCUAUGUCUGUUACCAGUGCCGGUGGCACCUCCCCAAUUGUCAGUUUGCGGGAAGAAUUGCGAAACGAUAUCGAGAUUGUCUACUUCCCCCAGGGCUCGGUUCUGGUCGAGCAGGGCGAGCGUCAUCCGGGUCUGUACUACGUCGUUGACGGUUUCCUGGACGUCGGUAUUCCCGUCAAUGACAAAGAAGAAGAUCUUGUGGGAUCCUCUAGACCUGCGCAGGAGGAGAUUUUCCCUAUGCUGAGGCGUACUAAUACGAGUUCCUCUCGGGUCUCAGGUUCAGGGGCAGCAGCAAACGAUCCUCGACGGAAGAAACAGUCACGAAAGUCACUUUAUCUCAUCAAACCUGGCGGAAUUCAAGGCUAUGUGGGCGCUGUUGCAUCUUACCGCUCGUAUACUGACGUUGUUGCGAAGACGGAUGUAUACGUAGGAUUCCUUCCGCGGGCGUCACUGGAGAGAAUAGCGGAGCGAUAUCCCCUUGCCCUGUUGACAUUGGCAAAGCGAUUGACAAGCCUGCUACCACGGUUACUUCUCCACAUCGACUUUGCCCUUGAAUGGGUGCAAGUGAGUGCCGGCCAGGUGAUAUACCACCAGGGCGACGAAAGCGACGCUAUCUAUCUCGCCUUGAAUGGGCGACUCCGCUCUGUUCUGGAAGGCCCAGAUGGCAAAAUGACGGUUGUUGCCGAGUAUGGCCAGGGAGAAAGUGUCGGCGAAUUGGAGGUGAUGACCGAAUCGACCCGCCCGGCGACUCUUCACGCCAUCCGCGACACUGAACUUGCCAAGUUUCCCCGGACGCUUUUCAAUAGUCUGGCACAGGAGCACCCGGGAAUUACCAUCCAGGUCUCUAAACUCAUCGCCCAACGGAUGAGAGAUCUGGUUGAAAAUCCGAUGACCGAGAAGGGAAUUGAACCGAGCGGUUCUGGCAUGGUGAAGACCGCCAGGUCUACCCUUAACCUUCGUACCGUUGGCAUUCUUCCUGUGACGGCUGGGGUGCCUGUCGUUGAAUUCGGCAAUCGGCUGCUCCAGGCGCUCCACCAGAUUGGGGUGACGAACGGCGCCACGUCUCUUAAUCAAGCGGCCAUCCUAAAUCAUCUAGGCCGACACGCCUUCAGCAAGAUGGGAAAGUUGAAAUUGUCCCAGUAUCUAGCAGAUCUCGAGGAAAAGUAUGGCAUGGUCCUCUAUAUUGCAGAUACCACAGUGAACUCUCCCUGGACGCAAACAUGCAUUACCCAGGCCGACUGUAUUCUGCUGGUCGGCCUUGCCGAGUCAUCGCCCAGCAUUGGUGAAUACGAGAGGUUUCUGCUUGGUAUGAAGACGACAGCUCGGAAAGAACUGGUCUUACUGCACGGGGAGCGGUACUGUCCUCCUGGGCUGACCCGUCAGUGGCUGAAGAAUCGUGUCUGGAUCAACGGAGGCCAUCAUCAUAUCCAAAUGGCCUUCCGCCUAACGGCCGAGCCCUCUCACCCUCAGGCGAAGCGCUUCGGGACCGUCUUGAAGCAGAGAGUCCAAGUUCUCCAAGCUGAGAUUCAAAAGUAUACCUCACGCCGGAUUCGCCAAUCGCCGCUAUACUCUGCACAAACACCAUUUAAGGGCGACUUCCAUCGGUUGGCGCGUCGGUUGUGUGGCCGGUCGGUCGGGUUGGUGCUCGGUGGAGGAGGAGCCAGAGGCAUUGCCCAGGUUGGCGUAAUCAAGGCUCUUGAAGAAGCCGGGAUCCCCAUUGAUAUAAUCGGGGGCACUUCCAUUGGCUCAUUCAUUGGUGCUCUCUAUGCGCGGGACGCAGACGUUGUGCCAAUGUAUGGUCGCGCCAAGAAAUUUGCUGGCCGGAUGGGAAGCAUUUGGCGGUUUGCCCUGGACCUAACAUACCCGACCGUGUCCUAUACCACCGGUCAUGAAUUCAAUCGUGGCAUCUUCAAGACGUUUGGGGACAGUCAGAUUGAAGACUUCUGGCUGGAAUUCUACUGCAACACUACCAACAUUAGCCGGUCGCGUGCUGAAUACCACUCCUCCGGUUACACAUGGCGGUACGUUCGUGCGUCCAUGUCACUGGCCGGUCUGAUCCCGCCGAUUUGCGAUGAAGGUAGCAUGCUCCUCGAUGGUGGCUACAUUGACAAUCUUACCGUCGACCAUAUGAAGGGCCUGGGUGCCGAUGUGAUCUUUGCUGUCGACGUGGGCUCCCUGGACGACAACACUCCGCAAGGGUACGGGGACUCCCUUUCCGGAAUCUGGGCGGUGGUGAAUCGGUGGAAUCCCUUCUCCUCGUGCCCCAACCCCCCUACCCUGUCUGAGAUUCAAGCGCGCUUGGCGUAUGUGUCAUCGAUUGAGAACCUUGAACGGGCCAAGAACACGCCCGGAUGCUUGUACAUGCGACCGCCGAUCGAUCGGUAUGGAACCCUGGAGUUUGGCAAGUUCGACGAGAUCUACCAGUUGGGGUACGCCUACGGCAAGGAAUAUCUGGACAAGCUUAAGCGAGAGGGGUCUCUGCCGCUGCCCGAAGAGACGGAGGAGAAGAAGAAGCUUCAGCGGACCCUGGCGCCACGUCGGGCGAGUAUCUGAUUGAUUCUCUUGUCUUUUUACGAAGCCAUGUCACCAGCGGAGCUGGUAUCCUGUCUUUCAGCGUUGAUCUUGUGCUGUAUACCCGAGAUUAUCUGCACGGCUUUCAACCCGGAUGUGUACAUAGACGCGUAGACCGCGAACCCGAUCAAUUCCGCCUUUGCAGAUCGGUUAUUAUUAGUGGAGUGUAGUGUACGGAGUAGUGCUGGAUAGUUGG